GAAAUAAUCAUGUGAGUGGAGAUUAGGUGAUACUGAUUCAAAAAACAGAAUGUCAUUUUAUCAACAUCCACAAGCCAUUAGAGUGAAAUAAAUAAAACAGCUAAAAUGGCUUCCAAUUUUGAGACUUCAAUUCAUAGGGGAUCAGAUUUGUUCUUUGACUUUUCUUGUAACACUUGUAAGGGAAAUGAUAGAAACACAGAGGCUGAAUUUUACUGUAGGGACUGUUCCAAGGUUUACUGUGGCAAAUGUUCGGAAUACCAUAACUUUCUUUAUCAGAAGCAUGUUACUUUGGACAAGAAAAACAUCAGUAAGUGGCCAGUUUCAGAUGCAACAUUUGAUGUUCGAGAGCAAUGUCAGGUGCACAAGGACAGGAAAUUGGAAACAUUCUGUGAGGACCACAGUGAGCUGAUGUGCGCAGUCUGUCAUGUCUACAGUCAUAAAAAAUGCAGCCAUUUUGUUCUCCUGGCUGAUAAAGUGAAAGACCUGCACCAAAAAGGAGAGUUCAAGCAGCUGUCAGCGACUCUAGAUACUUUACAUGGACAGUUGAUUCUGAAGAAAGAUGACUCUGAGGAAAGUCUGAAGUCCCUGGAACAAGCCUACAAAACAAUUCUGGAAGAAAUCAUUGCUUUAGGCAAGGCAUUCGCUGAUUCUUUGGAUCAAUUGGAGAAGAAUACUAUCAAAGAGUUAGACACACUACUGGCUAAAUUGAGGACAUCUAUUCAAACUGAUAAUUCAAACUGCAAUGACUCUAUCAAAAAGAUGACAUCUUUUAAAGAAGAUUGGCUAAAUAUUAAAGGCAAAAGUGAAGCUGUCCAAAUGAUUAUGUACAGAAAAUGCUUGGAAAUGUCUGUCAAGACCAACGCAGUUUUACAAGAAAUUACAAAAGAGAAUGAUAUAACACUGAGCUUUACACCUGAUCCAAUCAUACUUCAAACCAUGGCCACUCUUUCCGGAUUGGGACAAAUACUUAUCAAAGAUAGCAGAGUAACAAAAGAGACAAAACCUGAAGCAUGUUGCUCAUUAUCCAGCAAAAGUAAUUCUGAAAUUCAAGCCAUUGAAACCAACAACCAAGACCUGGAUACCAGUCCAGUAUCAGGAACACCCAGACAAGCUAAAGUUGCGGACCAAACAAGUGCUCUUAACAAGCUAGACACAAUUUCCAAUCAAGUAUCAGUACCCCCUAAACAAGGUGACAUUACAAACCAAGCAACUGCUGUUAACAAGUCAGACUAUGUGUCCAAUCCAAUUUCCAAUUCACCUACACAGUCCGACAAUACAAGUGCUUUGAACAAGCUAGACAGGAUGCCUCAUACAGUGACAUCAAGUUCAUCAACCCAGUUGGUCCAAGGAUAUCAAUCAAGUGCAUUUGAGAAGGCUGAUCCAAACCAAGUCAUCAGAGUGAAGAGUAAUAAGACCUAUAAUGUGAAGAUAGAGAAGGAUUCUGCAUUAAGCUGUUCUAUAUCAGGUAUCUGUGAGACAGCUAAUGGAAAACUCCUCAUUACAGACUGGCGCAACUUAAAAGUUAAGCUGCUUGAUCAGACCUACAAAGUGGUGGCCCACUUUUACUUGCCUGAAAAACCAAUGUCCAUUUGCAGCAUCGACUCAAGACUGGUGGCUGUUUCUAUGGGUAUCAAAGAGAUCAUUUUCAUCAGAGUGACCAAGCUUAAGCUAGUAAAGGACACGACUAUGAAAUUAAAACAUUUAUGCUAUAGUAUUGCCCAUCACCAAGGCAAUCUGUUCAUUACAACAAACACAGCCCUUUUCCAAUACACUGUGGAUGGACGACUUGUGAGCAAGCUGUAUGAAGAUACAAGCUUUGAAAAGACAGGUAAUUCUUACUACAUUGUAUAUAUAUUCAUUCUGCAUGUCCAUACUGAGAAGACCAAUCUUUCUUAACAAUACAGUUAUACUUCAUGUCCAUACUACUAAGAAGAAUUAUUCUACUAUAAUUGAAAUUAAGAAGCAAUCAAUUUCCUAUUAUCUUAAAAGAAACAAAUGUGUAAAUAAUAACAUGAACAUAUGUAACAAAGUCUUAAUAUGUAGUUUUUGUGCAUUUCAAAAAAAUAACUAUUCAUAUAAAAAAGUAUAUUCCCACAUUUUUUUCAUGAAUACAUGACUUUGUAAUAAUACAGGCAAAAGAAAGCCACUCUACGGCGGGCGUUGACCGCUGAUACAAAUCUUUUUUUACAUACAUAUAGUCCUACCUAUGCAAAUGUUUUCUGCCUGCUUCAUUUAUUAUUGCGAUGAUAUAUCCCUAAACUUUUAAGCAAAAUAAACAUAUUGACAAAUGCUUUAUUAAAUGUAUUAAUACCUCAUGAAAAAUAUAAAAAUGACAUAAUUAUUUUGUUUAAAAUUGUCAUCAAUAUUUGCAAAUUAUAUACUUUCCUUGACAAAAAAUAUGUUUUUUAACAUCCUUUUUUAUUGCUUCCUGUUUCUGUUUCCCAAUCUUAAGUGGGUGUAAGGCAUAAAAUAAACUUGUUCAUUACAAGGCUGAAGCAAUCAUAACUUUUUCCAAAAUAAAUUUUACUAAAUAUAACAAUUCUGUUAUGUAUUGUAUAUAUUCCGAUUAGUUUCAAAUUCAUUACCUUCUAUAAAUUUGAUAUCUUAUUGUUAUGAUUAUCUUCAUAAAUCAAUCAAUACUUAUUAAAAAAGUUUGAUUCGUUCAAAACAUUAAACAAAUGCCUAAAAUUGUCCUCAAAUGACAUCAGCCGAAACUAUAGGUUUGUAAAUUUAUUCGUACUCUAUUUUAUGUUGCUAUGUACAAACGUCAUAAUUCCAAGAUGUCAGACAAUGGAAAAAAAGAAUUCAAGAUUCUAGGCAAAAAUAAUACGUACAAUCAACGCAUAUCAUAUACAUGUAAUAUGCAUGGAUUAAUGAAAAGCAUAUGUCCUUCAACUAUUGAGAAUAUGAUUAAGAUAUGAAAAACACUAAUUUGUAAUAGAAAUGUAUGGAAUUGUGUAUACUGUCACGACUCUGACUUUUGUGAAAGUAAAUAUCUUCGGAAGCGGUAGCGAAUCGUGUCAAGAUAAAUUUCUUUUAGUUAAGAAGUGAAAAAUAAACACUUUUUAUAAAUUUUGUCAAACGUAUCAUUUAUUAUUUUCAUCAUAUCACACAUUUAUGAACAUAAUACAUUUAUGUCAAUGAUAACAUUACAUGAGAAAAGUAAGAGUUAUAAGUUAAUAAUUAUGUUAAAAUUCUGCAAGUUUUCUGUUAAAAUUCUGUGAGUUUUCUGUUAAAAUUCUGCAAGUUUUCUGUUAAAAUCCUGCAAAUUUUUCUGUUAUAUUUGUAUGUUUAUAUUUCUUUUUCUUAUGAGGUUGUCAAUUACAAACCAUCAACUUUCAAA